AUACCUUAGUAUCUUGAGAAACCGUCGAGUGUAGAUAGUCAGGUGCUACACUCGGUGUAUCGUGGUCGUUGGAGCUGCUUCGAUUCAGUUCUCAGCGCGUGUUUCCCUUCCAAGCAAACAUAUCUAAUUCUACAUAUUAACCUAUCCUUCCCGCAGAUCCUUCCACCGUCCUCCACAGCCUGUGAGACUAUCAGGUCAAUAGCACUCACGAUGGCCAGUCCUGUUGCAGAAGAGGCUAUGCAAUACACCCAUACCCGACAAGCUAUCCUCACACACGCCUCCCUCAUCAAUCCCUCCCCGUACGGCGAAUUGCAGCUCUUCACUUAUCCACACCCGUAUCAUAUACACAUGAGCCAAGCUUGCGUUGUCGUCAUGACUCGCCACCCGCAUCAGUGUCGCCUGCUGGCCUCAAGUUGUGCCUUUGGUGGCGAAAUAUACGCGAUGGAGCGCUUGCUACAUGUGAUGGAGUAUCGUACUGCGAGAAUACUUGGGGAGAGGCAAAUAGGAGAGGUAUGGAAUAUUGGCCUAAGGAGGGCAGAAUGGGAGGUUGGUGGAGGGACGAGAAGAGAACAAGGUGGCGACGAGGAGAGCUGGAGCGAGAGCGACACGAACGAUCCGUACGGAUAUGGAGAGUCAGACUUCAGCCGUGAGGGUCGUGCGGGCAGUAGACCUGGGAGCCGAGCAGACAGGUCUGUAGAAGGCGGCGCUUCUUCUAUCCGCCAGCACCACGCACGAGAUAGCGGCCCAACAGUGCAGAACUUUCGCCAGGAUAACGGAAGUCCUCAUUGGAAUCCGCUGGACGCAUCGCACGGUAAUAGCAUGCCCACGCAGGCCGGGCACGAACAGCGACCAAGGGACAGCUUCCAUAGACGACGUGAGUUGCCGCCACUCCGUUAUUCUUACUACCCAGAUGGGAAUCAUUUCGAACACCGCUGAUACCAGCGCCGACACGACAUGUUUGAGCACACUAGUGGUGCUGGGGACUCAAAUGCGGCUUCCCCCUCACACCAAGAUUACGCUUUUCUGGUGCCACGCGCCAAUAACUACGAGGGUGCCAGACGACUUGAUGCAUAGAACUUCGAUGAGAUGGCUGAGCGCGAUGUCUAGAGUGGAGACUUGGUUGAUGUUGGAGGGUGAG